AUGGCGGGACCAUCUCCAGCAGCCCAGCCACCGCUGCGGAUCGGCACGCGGAGAUCCAACCUGGCCGUGGUCCAGGCCGAGGGCAUCCGCGACAGCCUGCAGAAAAUUGCACCCAACCGAUCCUUCGAGAUAGAGGCGCUCCGCACCCUCGGCGACAAGGACCAGUCGACGGCACUCUAUAACUUUGGAGCAAAGAGCCUAUGGACAACCGAAUUGGAGGAGAAGCUAACUUCUGGCGAGCUCGAUGUCAUUGUGCAUUGUCUCAAAGACAUGCCCACCACCCUGCCCGAGUCCUGCGACCUGGCAGCCAUCCCUCCCCGUGACGAUCCUCGUGAUGCCCUGAUAGUCAAGGCAGGCCUGCCGUAUGACAGCCUCAAGACCCUGCCACAGGGCGCGGUAGUCGGCACCUCGUCAGUUCGGCGCUCGGCGCAGCUCCGCCGCCUCUACCCGCACCUGCGCUUCGCCAACCUGCGCGGCAACGUCGAGACGCGCCUGGCCAAGGUCGACAACCCCGAGGGCGAGUACACGUGCAUGAUCAUGUCCGCGGCCGGCCUCGAGCGCGUGGGCCUCAAGCACCGCAUCACGCAGUACCUUGGGUCCAAGGACGGCGGGAUCCUGCACGCGGUCGGACAGGGAGCGCUCGGGCUGGAGAUCCGCAAGGGCGACGCCGCGGUCCUGGAGUUGCUAGACCAGCUGGUCGAUCAGAGGUCGACUCUUGCCUGUCUGGCGGAACGGGCCCUGAUGCGCACGCUUGAGGGAGGCUGUAGCGUCCCGAUUGGCGUAGAGACGGAGUGGGUGGGGCAGUCGCGAGAUUCGGUCCUGAGGAUGCGGGCAAUAGUCGUCAGCCUUGACGGCUCUCAAAGUGUUGAAGAUGCCAUCGAUGCAACGGUGCAGACCAACGAUGAGGCGAAAGCGCUCGGGAAAAGGUUAGCCGCGAGCCUUGUGGAGGCAGGGGCUGAUGCAAUCCUGAAGGAUAUCAACACCAACAGGCCUUCGAAGGACUGA